AUGGCAUUUGCUGAAGCUCAACCCGCCGCCCCACAGCGGACUCAAUUGAGGCCACUGCGAGUCGUCGAUGGUGACGCGGGAGAACCACGGCAUGUCCGUGAACGUGUCGUGGCCGCCAAACGCGCACAGGUGCGACGAUUGCGCCGGUGGAAUCGACAUGUUUGGCCCCAUCUUGUCGUACCCGGGAGGGUACACGGAGAGCACCGCGAGCUCGUUGCCAGCGCGCGUCCAUUCGUCGACCAUGGUCACGUCCCAGUUCGGAAUGAAUUGGCUGUGGGCGUCGAUGGUCAAGCAGAAUUCCUCGGCUUGGAUCAUGCCCUGCAUGAGCGCUCGGACGGCAAUCGGUCCCAUCGAGAGCUUCGAGUCGCGCGCGUCGAUUUGAAUCAGGUGUUUGUACUUGCAGUCACCGUCGUCUGGCCAACUGGUGCGCGCCAGUCGACAGUACUCGUCGAUGCAUCGGACGUCGCCGUCCUCGGUUUGGUCCACGACGCCAACGUGGAGUCGAAGCGGAUGCGUAGCGCGGGCAAACGCUGUCCAGAGCGUAAAGCCGCAUCGAAUGCCAUCCCGAUACGAAGGAAGACCCAGGAAGAUAUCGUACACUUCAGGAACUCGCGGUUCCGGAGGACGCAAGCCGCGGUGUUUUGCGGCGCGCGGAAUGUUCUGCGUUUCAGGGUCCAGGCGCAGUCGUCGUGGCAGCACACGACCGCUGCUGGAGGAGGACCGCACAUAGCGUCAAGCACAAGCACAGCACACGCAUGCUGGACUCGAGCCAAAACUGGUUUUGUGACGAUCAAACGAGAGUUGGAGCAGUUCCCUCAUUUAUAA